CUGUGGAUUUCCAACCGCCUUGUUUAUGUGGAAGCCCAAAAAGCAUUUCCAGAAUAUUAUAGUGGGGGAAAGGCCCGUCAUCCUGAUGACGUAUUCCGUGGUAAUGAGCCUUCCGGAGCCAAAUAUGGGCACUGGGAGCGACGAAUGAUGAAGCUCCACUUAGUUCAUCUUACUAAAGAAAUUUACAAAGACGUUAUCUUGAAGAGAUCACACGCUCAAAAGUAUAUUAAAUUACACGAACAUAAAAUGUCCUUCAGGGCAGGCCUUAAUGCCGGCAGAAUUACCGAGUUUUUUAAGGACAUGUUGUGGACGUACGUUAAAGUGUCGAACAUCACUUUAGCCAAGACCUUUUUCUUGGACACAGACGAGAUGCAGGUUGCCUUCUCAUUCAUGCACGGUUUGUACAAUCAAAUAGCAUACGUACGACGCUUAGUGGAUAAAGAAGCAGAAGACGGAGAUUACGCGUUCUACCAAAGAGCAGAUCGGAGACGACAAAUAGCCUCAAUGCUUCGUCAACGAAGGCCCGGAAAUAACGGAAGCCGCGCAAAUCGCGAGAAUAACGAAAACCACGCGACUCGCAAAAGUCACGGAAAAUGGUCGCCCCACAUGCAUCCACAAUUUGACCCGUUGUUGAACCUGACAUACGAGGAUUGGCUGGUGAGAAAGUAUAAAACCAUGAUAAAGGAUCCUAUGUUUAAGAAUAAAAGCAGCAGUUUCGCUUUCGAACCGAUUGACGAUUGGACGCUGAAAGAGACAUUUAACUUAAAUUAAUAUAUCCCGUGUGGUAUGUAGAAAAUAAAGGUACGCUGCGGCUCGUUCGCUUCCCGC